AUGCUUUUACGACCACUACUUCAAAUAAACACGCGCCCUCAUCAGCUAUAUUCCUUUUUUAAUCAAGUACGAAAUGUUAGACCAACAAUUAAAAUAGGUAAAGACAAAUUUCAGUUAUUAUUGGACGUACAUCAGUUCGAAAAAGAUGAAAUACGAGUCAAAGCCCGUCCAGAGUACGUUAUUAUUGAAGGAAAACAAGAAAGAAAGACCAAAGAUGGAUACGUGAUACGAAAAUUCAUAAAAAAAUAUCGUCUUCCCGAUGGCUGUAAUCCCCUACGUAUAAGAUCUGAGUUGUCUUCAGACGGUUGCCUUAUUAUAACAGCGCCGAGAGAAACAUGUGGAUUUUCAUAUCCUUGUGAAACGGUAGUGCCCAUCACAGAAUUUAACACAAAGACCAAACCAUGCGAUACAUUUGUUAAAGACAUUGUUAUUGAUAAACCCAAAUCACAGCCAGGAAAUGCCAAAGAACCGCCGAAACCCUAA